AUGACGUCAACGCCGCCGGCGGAUCAUCCACAACAACCGUUGAGUGAGAGCUGGGCAACCCUGAGUGCGUCGGAUGCACACUCCGAGGAUGGGGCUCCUUCCGAACAGACGGAUACCGGGUCUUUGAUUGACCCAAGCGUGCCAGACGAUGUGGCAAGCCUUGACGAGAGAUACAGCAGUAGCGAUGACAUAGAUGCGCACUCCGAGGAUUGUCCAGAUAACGAAAGCUAUGACUCCGACAAUAGGAGUGAUAUAUCCGAGUCUCAGGACCUGCGUCUCAGGUUUCCCCAAAUAGGAUGCUCCAUUGAUGACAGUAAUCUCACCACUAAAACUGCUCUUUACAAAGCCACCGAUUCAAUUCAGUUCAUCGAACCCGACAAAUGGCCUGAUGGUGAAAGGGUGCAGCUGAAGCAUACGAUUCGGUUGAUCGAUGGGCCUGAAUCUGCGGAACUGGGAGAUAAUCUUACCAAUCUGCAAGACUCAACCUUGAUGGUUACUCUUCAACAAACGAUAAUGAAGAAGAGCAUCAACACCGAUAGGCCAUUCAGAGUGCUAUACCUUGGAAACUCUGAGUUUCGUGGCAUUAUCCUUGACAAACUGGGCGAUGUCCUAGUUUCGAGUACUUCCCGCGACUAUGAGAGCAGCUCAGCAGAGUCAUCGAGAUACCACGUGGUUCCCACUUCGUUCGGCGCAGGCGCUUUUCCUAACUUCGCAGAGCUUCUCCCGAUUCAUUUUCAGCUGAUUGUGGACGAGUGUCUUGAGGCCACUUCCGAAUCUCACAUUGACAGACCUAGAGCAAUUAACUUGAAAUUAAAGAACCGACCUGCAUGUACGUCCCACUGGACAGGAACCGAAUACGGCAUAUCAUCAUCCACUGAAUGGACACUGCCGGAUAUGGCCAUCUUUUUCCUGUCCUCGCUGGAUGAUCUUGCCGCUGUGGAAACUCAGAAGCUGGCGCGUAUGUUCAUGGAGCGGCACGGCGUACCGGUAAUGGUUAUCUCAGAGAAACCACUGUGGAAAAUGUCCCGGGAAUUGGUUCCGAUCAAUCACCAUAGUCUUCACAUGUGCUUAGAGUCCCGCAAAUCGUCCACAGGGAAAACCACAGUCUUAAAGCGGUAUCCCAUUGACCUGAACACUUUUGAAAGCAUCGCGCCAUGUCAACUAAACAAAAACCUGGCUUCAUUAACAAGCAUUUGCCCCAGGAAACAUUUCAAGUCAAACGCAGAGGUUCGCGACAACGUGCGAAAGAUAUCGCAGUUCGGCCUCAAGAAUAUCACUCGGAAGAUGUUUCCUUUACCAUACUUGAACAACGAUACUGACUUAGCAUUCGUGCUGCGUCUCAUCAUGCUUACCAUCUUAUCCACUGCAACCCUAGCUCUCGGUUAUAUAGCAACGAACGCCAUCGCAGUCUUGGUCUCAAGCUUCGUCACGCGGGCUCAAGAAAGCCCCAUCGUCGAUUCCUUCGGCGACGCGCGACGUUCAAGUUUUAGGACAACAACCCAACAGCUUAUCCCAACUUCAGCAUUUGAUGGGUGGAGCUCUGUCAAGCACUGCAACGUCAGGUCAUUAGGCGCAAAGAAAAUGCCAAAGUUCAACGUCCAGGUUGAUAGACGUGGCCAGCCACUUCAAUAUGAGCUCUCCCGGCUGUUUGAAGUGAAGCAAAUGGUCUUGGUGGAUUUGGGAACACCAUGGCUGAAAAUCGCGAAUUGGAAGCGUGCCGCCCAAAGUAUCACAUCCGAACUUGUUCGAGACGUCGGUACCGCACAGACGGGAUUAUCAGAAGUUUACGGUCGAAUCUCCACUGAACUUCAAGUACUUGCUGGAGAUGUGGUGAAACGGACACAUCUUCUUCGACAAAAAGCAAGCCUGCUCCGACGGGAAUCCCUUCCAGUAUCAAUCAACACUGAGGUUGUCCUAUCUGCUUCUACUCAGCUUUCUGAAACUCUUCGACGAACUGCUAUGCAGCCCUUUCUAUCCGCCUCUCAUGUGCUACGAUGUCACACAAAAAAGGCGAACAUUGAGGCUGGACAAAUCAUGAGCACCACAUGGAACAAAAUUGGCGCUGGCGCACAACAACUGAGCUUUGGGGCUAUUAAGGAGCACAUCCAAAACGCGCGAAAGUCGAAAACCCUGGACAAGGCUCACAAGAGGGCUCGACGUUUGAUGAAACGCACUUCAUAG